AUCAUCAUACAGUGUCCAGUCACAAAAAGCGCUGUUAGAUAAACUAAAACGCGGAAAAGGAAGUUUUAUUAACUGUGGGCCAAAAAGUGAAUUUUGUAUGAAUGUAUGAUAACUGUAACUAGCUAUUUAAAAUGUCAAGGGGCGGGACACUAUCUGUCAAUUCAUCGCUGAUAUUUAAAUAUUGCAGCAGACAGAACCUCAAGUCAUUCAAGCAGCUGAGCAAGUUUGUACGAGGUCUUUCCGUUCACCAACACUGUCCGAGCAUGAAAUGCCUUCGGCUUUAUCUGCUGCUCAUAAUGACCCAAACUGCUUAUAUGAACCGAAUCAAGAAGAACCGAGACUGUACGUGGCGUUGUGAGGGUCUACAGUGUAAAUCCAGACCCUACUCUCUACUAUCAGAAUCUCACUGCAGGAAACAGACUGUCAGCAGUGAUGUAUUCAAUAAUGUGAAGCUGUCUACUGUAUUGGGAUGUGAGGGAAGGAAAUGUUCAUUGCAGCUAAAAAUAGCAACAUCAGUAAACAUUACCAGUGAUAUCCGUGGAGUUUCACUGUGUGCCGAUUCUGCAGGAAUGAUGGGACAUUGCCAGAUUUAUAACUUUGAGCAGGCUGCCAGAAAAAGUUUUAUAGGAAAACAGGCUGGCGUGCAGUUUAAAUGCAUUCCUGUUAGACCCGGUCAGCAUGUGUUUGUAACCCUAAAAACGGUUCCUAACUACUGUAAAGCCACGAAGAUGCAAAAAUACAUUGUCCCUGAAUGCAGCCAUGAAGAUAUCAGAAAUGAAAUAUCAGAGUGCAUCACUGGAAAGCUGGAGUAUACUGUAGAUAAAGUCAAAAGGAAAAUGACAGUGAUGGUGAAAGAUGCACCGGAGGAUACGGAUUAUAACCUCAGGCUCUGUCAUAAACGCAGUGUGAUCUGUGCAGGUGACGGGACACUCAAAACAAUAAAAGCACAAGAUCUACAGAAGAACAUUACAUUGCAGUAUUCCAAAGCACUGCCCUGUUUGUGCAUUGAGGGUUGGCCUGCCAGAGUAGAUGCACGGCGAGUUCAAGCAUGUCCAUUCAAAAACGAUUUGGAGGAGCUGUGGUCUGGCAUAAUGUACGAUUUCAACAAAGAGGAGCUGAUAUGGGAGCCGGCGUGUCCAAUCAAAGUGUCUGUUACUCUGUGCCACGCUGAUGGAGAAAACAAUUGCAGAGAUCUCGGAAAUGUUAUUUACUCAACGGGACAAAAAGUGACGUUUACUUCUGUGGAUCCACACCCUUUGCUUUGCACGAAGUUUACCACUGAUGCGGGUUCAUGGAUCAAAUGUCCUUUCACCAAAGGGAAUUUCUCGGUAUGGAGAACAAAGAUGACAUCUAAACAUGGCAAUCACUGGGCAGAGAUAACAUCGUGGGUGAACGCUAACUUCUCAGUUUCCCCCUGUGAGAUGAAACCUUCCUCUCAGUGCAAAUCAAUGGAGGGAAAUGCUACAAAGAUCCUAUUUGUGGACAAAACGAAGAGCACAACUUUCAACUUGUCCAGAACUGCGUGCGAAAUCUGUGUUUGCAUUCAGGUGCAGAGAGUGGAUGUUCAAUAUUCAGUUCCUGUUCUCCAGUGUGACGUGCAGUGUUCAAACAGGUGCCCGGAGAGACGAUACUAUCAAGAGAUUGAGAAGAUCAUAGUGCCUGCUGCUGUUUUUAUCACAGUGCUCUUGGCAGCUGCCUUCAUUGCUAAAAUGUCAAUUAAAGAUGGGAGUAAGAGAAGAAUGUUUUGGACUAAACUCGGGGAACGAGACAGUGAUACAUGUCUGUACAGCAAGUGAGGAUGCACAUUUUGGAACAGUUCUCAGUACAUCAUAUGUGACUUUUGUCCAUGUUACCCCGUCUGUGAAAUCCAGGCUAAAGUCUCAAAAUUUAAUGAUAAGAUUAAGAGCAAUAUUAAAGACAUCAAGGUUAUAUCACAUAAUGUUCUUUACAUUUUGUAAAAUAAUUUUAUGUAGAAAACAGCAUAUCACAAAAAUGACUUUAGCUUGGUUUUCACAAACUGGAUCACAUACAACCUAAGGGUUUAACAUGAAAUAGCUUAAGUAUUUUCUAAUGCACACUUAUUAAAAAUAUAACCAUUUUUUAUAUCUGCAUUGAAUGUUUUCUGCAUUGAACAGUUGAAUGUAUAAUAUCAAAGAUUUUAAAUAAAUAGUUUUGUACAUAAAGUUGAAAGUUUGUGUAAUGCAUAGUGCUCGCAAGACAUAGGUUUUAUUCUCAAGAAACACACAAACUUAUAUUUGACAACACCCUGAUGCCACAUACGAUAAAAAGAUCUAUCACAUGCAUGAAUGUGAAUAUAAAAUAUUUGUUAUUUUGUACAUUUAUGACUUAGGCAACAUUAUGUUUUUCUGUCAAUUAUUUACAUAAAUUUCGUUAUUGCGCGAUUGUACAGCAGAGGGCAGUGUCGUACAAAAUGAAUGCAAGUUUUAUUUAAAUGUAUAUUUUUGCGUCCUGCGUUCAUAUUUUUCUCACGUAAUUCUUAAAAGUAGGUCCCAAAUGGGUGGUCAGCUUGCAGACAGUUGUUAAACUUAGUGUAACAGUUCAUCGUCACAGAAACGUUUUGUCUGGGGCGAACCACAGGGCUUCAAAACGAGCUUUAAAAUCUAACAAAUUUUAUAACAAAUGCACAUGUUUCAGUAAUGCCAAGCUCUUGAAUAUUUUUUGGAUAGAAAUUGUAAGUAUUAUGGCUUUAAAUACUGUUGUGGACAAUGGGGGGCCCUGAAGUCAAAAAGGUUGAGAUGCAGUGAUACUGUGUAUGACAUUCCCGAAUGGUACAGUUCUGUGCUGACGGGAGGGGUUGGGUGGAAUUAGAUCUGGGGUUUUCUGUUGAAAACAUUCCUGAAGUAUAUAGUAAAACUCAGACAACACAGAUUAAUUAUAAACAUGGGACAGAUACAGUAAUACAAAGAGAGAUUUUGGAGAGCUGCCAUGUACUAUCCCCACUCAAGUGAUUCCUUUUUUGUUUUAAAUCAUAAAUAGAGUAAAGGCGUUACUGACAUUUAAAUAAACUUUGCAGAUUAGUUUGUUGAAUCGAUGUGGUGCAGGAUUAAGCUCAGUGGAUCUCAAAAAAAAAAGGGAUCCCCCAUUAUCCACAGCAAUAUAACUGUUGCCCGUUCCGUAAAUGAGACACCUAAGAUUACUUCAAUAUUUUUAAUGUACAUUUUAAUCUAGGACAGGGGCCUUCAACUUCACUUCUUCGAGGGCCAGAUUAAAAAAAUGUAAAUAUGGUGCGGGCAACUUUUACCCAUAUUUUUACCUUUUAUAAAGUUUUUACUUUUACAUUUUAUUAUAUUAUUAUUAUUAUUAUUAUUAUUAAUAAAUAUUAUUAUUAUUAUUAUUAUAACUUAUGUUGUUUUUGUUACUUUGUGUUAUAAGUCAUACAUUAAAAAACAUGCAUUUUCAAAAAAGAUGCCCACUUCUUGUAUCC